GAGCAAGCUAGCACGUGCUGUAGCUAGCUGCUAGACAGAUAUUAGAUAGCGACAAAAGUUGUCACCAACAAAAUUGGUAUGUGGUGUCUGUCGACUUUGUCAAGCACUUCAUCUGGAAGAAAGACUGGCACUAGGUAUGUGCUUUGUGUUUCACCGGGGACUGUAAACAGCGAGGCGCACGACCAAAAGCAGAGGUCACGUCACAAGCUUCUCUUCCUUUUCCCCUAAAAGGGAAGAGCGCCACUGAAGGUUGUCACUGUCCAGAAUGUGAGGAGCCUGAGAAAAUCAACUGUCCUACUUUGCCUCCACCCCCACAGAUGAGGGGUUGACUGAAGAGACCAACACUGGGCCUCAGUUAGGUUUCGAGCUGUCUAGCUCGUUUUUGCUGCUUGAAGGAGCAUGUUGCCAACGCUGUCCCUCUGCUCCAUCAUUUGGUUAAACCGGGGUAUCAAGCUGAGGAAAGUGCUCCACUGCGCCAACACCGGCCAGCUCUAAGACAGGAGCACCCUACCUACCUUGCUGUAUAGACUCGGCCAUUUCAGCAAUGCUUCUAAGCUUCAGUUGAUUGUUCUUUGGCCCUAAACGACCACUACUCCAAGCAAAAUCAUCAUCAUCAUCAUCAUCAUCGUUUCCUGGUUGCCGUAGCAUUGGGCCGAUUUUCGCAUCCUCUCGGCGUCUUCGGCAGCUUUUAUCGGUUUCUUAAAAUGGCGGUCGAUGGUUUCCAGUAUCGUGCCCUCUACAUCUACACCAAGGACUUGGAGGAGGACAUUGACCUGCAGCCUGGGGACAUUCUGACCGUCAGCAAGGCCUCCCUGGGCUUCAAGGAGUGGGAUGAGGAGCGUCCCGAGCUCCUGGGCUGGCUGCUGGGCUUCAACGAACGCACUAAGCAGAGGGGGGACUUCCCGGGGACAUAUGUCCAGUUUGUGGGCCCUGUGAGGAUGGCACCGCCGCCCAGUCAGCCUUGCUCCCAAAGACCCCUCCCAGCAGCACCGGGGCCUGAGCCACAACAAGAUGUUUCUCUUCUGGAUUUGACCGAGCAGUUCACACCGCCAGAAACUGCUCCCCACACCCUGGUGAACCUAGUGGAGGCCAUUGAGAAGAAAGGUCUGGACUGCAAGACACUGUACAGGACACCUGUGGCAUCCUCCAACUCGGAGAGCCCAACACAGAGCUGGAGUGGUGAGGUGGAGUCGGGUAGUGACGUGGGCACCUUGUCGGAGUGUGUGGUCCGCUACCUGAGGGAGCUGCCGUCCCCCGUCAUCCCCCCCGGUGUUUACCCAGACCUGCAGGCUGCGCUGCAGCACGGCGCCGCGGACUUGGCGGCAAGCAGCAGCGGAGGCAGGGAGCUGAGCCUGGUCCUGGAGAGGGCCACUAGUGUGCCCCUGCACCAUCGCCUCACUCUGCAGUACCUACUCACACACCUGGGCAAGGUGGGCCAGGGCUCCCAGCUCAACGGCCUGGACCCUCACACCCUGGGCCUGGUCUUUGGGCCGCUGCUGAUCCGGCCCAGCUCUGCUACUGGGUGGGAGGUGGGGGAGGAGUUCCCUGCACUCGCGCUGGAGAGGCUGCUGAUGGAGAGGGCCAUGGGACAGGAAGUCCCGCCCCCUGCUCUACCAGUCAAGCCAAUGAAGGCCAAAACCACGACUCCAGCCAUGACUGAGACUCGCAUACUGAGUGAUUCCGAGUGGUACUGGGGGGAAAUCUCCAGGGAGGAGGUGAACGAGAAGAUGAGAGACACCCCUGACGGGACGUUCAUGGUCCGCGACGCCUCCAGCAAACUGGAAGGAGAGUACACACUGACCCUCAGGAAAGGAGGCAACAACAAGCUGAUAAAGAUCUGCCACCGUGGCGGUCGCUAUGGCUUCUCCGAGCCGCUCACCUUCACCACGGUGGUGGAGCUCAUCAACCACUACCGCCACGAUUCCCUGGCCCAGUACAACGCUAAGCUAGACACCCGGCUCCUCUACCCCGUCUCCAAAUACCAACAGGAGGAGCUGGUGAAAGAGGACAGCAUUGAGGCGGUGGGCGAGCAGCUGAAAGUGUACCACGAGCAGUACCAGGAGAAGAGCCGGGAGUACGACGUGCUCUACGAGGAGUACACACGCACCUCACAGGAGCUCCAGAUGAAGCGCACGGCUAUCGAGGCCUUUGGCGAGACCAUCAAGAUCUUUGAGGAGCAGUGUGAGACCCAGGAGCGCUACAGCAAAGAGUCCAUCGAGAAGUUCCUACGCGAAGGCAACGACAAGGAGAUCCAGAAGAUCCAGAGCAACUCAGAGCGCCUGAAGUCUAGGGUGACGGAGAUCCACGACAGCAAGAGAAAGCUGGAGCAGGAUCUGAAGCAGCAGGCCACUGACAACCGAGAGAUUGACAAGAGGAUGAACAGCCUGAAGCCGGACCUCAUUCAGCUAAGGAAGAUCAGGGACCAGUACCUGGUAUGGUUGACACAGAAGGGGACGAGGCAGAAGAGUAUAAAUGAGUGGCUGGGCAUAAAGAACGAGGCAGAAGACUCAUACUCGCUGGUGGAGGAGGAUGAGGGCUCGCCCCACCACGACGAGUGCACAUGGUACGUGGGCGACAUCAAGCGCACCCAGGCAGAGGAGCUGCUUAGGGACAAGUGUGACGGCACCUUCCUCAUCCGAGAGAGCCAGACGCAGAAGGGCUCCUACGCCUGCUCCGUGGUUGUGGACGGCGACGCCAAACACUGCGUCAUCUACAAGACGGAUAAAGGCUACGGCUUCGCCGAACCUUACAACCUGUACGGCUCCCUGAAGGACCUGGUGCUCCACUACAAGCAAGAGUCCCUGGUCCAACACAACGACCAGCUGAAUGUAACCCUGGCCUACCCAGUCCUCACCCAGACCCUGCAGCAGCACCCUAGAUGAAGGGCAGUGUGACACAACGACCCCCAACGGUGACCAGCACUUCCAAAGCAUGGGGGGGAGGGAAGCACACUCAUUACGUACCACAGUACCAGCCGCAGUAAACAUGAGACGAAAACCCUGUUUGUAGACUGAAAACAACAUAAGCACACCGUUAUGAUGGAAGCUUUCAGACCAUAGUUAGAAGAGCAAGAAGGAGCGAGAGUAGAGAGGAGAGAGUCGGGGAACUGGAGGUUAAAGAUACUGGAUGGAGCUCAGUUUUUUUUUUUUUUUUUUUUUGCCUUGGCACCCACUUACCCUUCUAGGCAAAGGCCUGAGCUGUCAUCCCCAGUAAGGACUUGGCUAACCUGGCUGCUCACCACACUGCACUUCACAACAACGAGAUCUAAGAGACGGAGGGGGGCAAUCCAGCAUUCAGAUACAUGGUCCUGGAAAGGCGCGGUGAAGUGGCUGGACAAACCAGUUACUUUCUAUUAAAAGCUUGCUUAAGUACCAUAGAAAGAGCCUCGAUUGACCACAAGCCUGUGUUGGGAAAGAGGGGAACUAUGUAGGGUGGGAUGCAAGAUCAACAUUGUAAGACAUUGUAAGAUCAACAUUCUUUAUAAAAAUAGACAUGGUAUAUUUGUUGUAUUGUGAAUAGAUAGAUAUUCACAAUAGAUCAAAUAUAUAUAUAUAUAUGAAUGCAGUUUCUAAAGGGAUUCAGGUUUCCCUUUCCGUUUCCAUUUAAUCAUGGGUAGUGGAGAAAUCCCUGCAAGCUUGUUUCUUAUUUCAAAUGUUCUCUUCAAGUGCUUUCUUUUAUACUGUAGCCUAUAGCCAUGAUGGACUAAGGUAUUACUGUUAGUAUUCUUGAGAUGUUCUCAUUUCUAUGCUAAUACACUCGCAGAUCAUCGACCUAUCAGAUCUUAACUCUCAGUAGUGAAUGGCUUAGUCUCUAGGAAGCCUAUGCAGUGUUCUUUUCACAAGCGCUUGCUUUUAUGUCGCAGCGUCACUACUACUCACGGUACUUCCUCUUUUGAGCUUGACUGUUGUUUUUAUUUGACACAAGCUUGAUUCACAGAGCUGUAGAACGUUGUUGUACAAAAUGAAAAAAAAUUAUUGUCGUUUAUAUGAUCCCUAUAUCUACCGACAGUAACAGGCAGUGUGACUGUCAAACAAAGUAUUGAAUGGUUUUCUUUUCAACUGUGUGUGUGUCGUCGCCCCCCCCCCCCCCCCCCCACACACACAAAUGAAGGAUGUCUUGUCAUGUAGCAAAAAAAAGAUUGGAUCCUUUUUGACAGUAAGCAUGACCACGGAGGUCCGGGGGAUUUUCCAUAAGUACCAUAUGCAUGAGAAUCCUUCUUUUGUGUAGUACCUAGACAACUUGCUCUAGUACUUGUGCUGUUUUAAGUGCAUACGUCUUGUGUACUAGACCUGUAUAAUGCACAAACAAUAGUAAGUGGAUAAGAAUAGAUUUACAGACACACUGUCGAGGUGAAUUCCCUCCGCGGGUACUGAGCAGUACAUUUGUCGUGCGGCUUAAAGGACUUCCUCUUGCCGACUCUUUCUAUCCCUUUUGCGUAGCACAGACUUUGUUCGCGUGAAGACACUUCAGACAAAUUUCUACCGUUGAUUCGUUACUAAAAGAAGCCUCAUGUAAUGAAACCGAGGAUAUUGAGGAUUUUAAACGUGGUGGCGCUUUUUAGAUUUCUUGAGAAAGCGGAAACUUCCCAGAGGAAAGGAGUUUUGUUAUUUUUUUUUGCAGAAUGUGCAUAAAAACAUGUCUCACGGUGGGUGCUCCUUUUGGGUCGUUUUAAACAUGAUCAUUUGCUCAUAGCAGAUGUAUUUUUCCCAUAUUGGUUUAAGUACGAUACAUGGAUACUGCAACUGAAUAGUCAUGCUAUUGGAUUGGUUAACUAGUUGGGGGAAAUUGGGAGUAAUUUGGUUUGUGUAAUUGUCACAUUUUAAUUGGAAGUUGCAUAUUGGUGAGAGCAUUUUGUGUUCAAAAUGUAUUUUUGGUACAAAUAUUAGUAGAAGAAAAAUGAUUAACUAAAGGAAAAAUAGCUUGGUACUGUAUAGUAGUGUUUUGCACAGUUCUUGGCCAGAAGAAUAGCCUAGAAUUUAAACUCGGAAGUGACAGUAGUGAGAGGCCUAUAAAAGAGUGAUUCACAAAGUUAAGAAGUGCCUUAGCUCUUCUCUUGUCGUCGUCAUUGUUGGAGGAGCUUCUCUCCUAUAGACCGUGCUACCGCAUACUGUAUGCUUUGUUUUUAAAAAGCAUUUGCCAAUGAUCUAAUGUCAAACCCCUUGAAGAGAACUGGCAAAUGUGCGUAGUUGUAGUCUCUCCUGUAAUGUGCGAGGUCCGAGUUAUGGAGAUUGUGUUAGUUUAGUUAUGCUUCUCUUUUUGUUACAUCAUUUUUAAUAAGUAUUUUUUUUGUGACGGGCUAUAGCUUGGUGCUCUUCAGUGAGCGAGGCAGUUUCCUUUGGGGUUUUGUUGUAUAGUUUAUUGAAUCACACCUAGAGUGGAUAGAAAUGUGAAUACACAGUCGUAGACCAACACGUAGCGUUUGUCCUUUUUAAUAAGCCGAAUCUCAUUCAAUAAGCUCUUAAGUGAGUGCAUGCAGUACUUCUCACGGUGUUUUCAUGUCAAUUCCCUGUGAAUUCAUAUCCUGUUUACCCAUCUACUGACUCAUGUAUUUACUCAGUCCAUCGGACCAACAUUUUGCAAAUGCACUUUUUCCUUAAAGAAAAUUCCACAAAAAAUGUUCUUUUGCUAUUUGCUUAUGAUGCAAAAUGUAGCAUCAUCUGAGGCAAAAUGCAUCAUACCCAGUUGUUUUUUUUGUGUUUUGAAAGUCCUCCAUCUCGAAAACUGGAUUGCUGACAUGGAAAGAAAUGUAGGACUAUAUCACAAGUUAGUCCUAUAUAUUUUAUAUAUAUAUGAAACUUCAACAAGGGACUAAAACAAAUACCAAAAGAGUUUUUGGGUGGAGUUUUUCUUUAAUUGAGUCUCCAAAAUUAGUUAAUUCUAAACUGCAUUAGUGAAGCUCAGUAGGCCAUGAUAGUAUUGUUUGUUUUAUUAAGUGUUAUGUCAGGGAUGUUUUAAUCUGACUUUUCUUUGUGAAACAGUGUGUGGGGGGCGAAAAAACAUUCAGUGUUCCCCUUACUCGAUACAUUUGGUGGAGGCUUCACAAACUCUGAAAUUGUAAGCCAGUAUUGAGGCAAGUAGGACAAAUGUCCAUUUAUUGCUGUUUUUCAUGAUUUUAAUUGUUUAACUGUGUUAUAAAUCUGUGUUUGGUUUUGAUUGUGCCAGGCCCACCCAUUUCCCAUUCGAAAAUGGGUGACUCGUUUCAAACCAAAUGAAAGGGAAGCUAGACCAUAUGCAAUCGGCAUAUUUGGUCGGUCCUCAACGCUCCAACGGUAUGGAUGUCAUCGCGUCACAUUAACGUCACUUGCAUUAACAUUAAUAACACAUGUGCAGUGAUAGUGUUUCGGCGGUUGUGCCCAAUGAGAUGACUUGGAGCAGGGUUAGCUUUGAGUUGUCCUUUAACCAGUUAUCGUGAAACCACGUGUUAUAGCACCCUCCCAAAUGUUCAGGUGAAUUAUCCAGGCCAUUACUAAUUGCUUAUCUUUGGUACAACACACCUGUAAAUAGUGGUGUCAUACUUCUACCAUAUCAGUUACCGAAUACAAGUAAUUAACAUUUAUUACGUUUGAAUAUUUAGGUUUGAAGCAUAUUUGAAAGAAAUAUAUUGAAAUAUAUCUUGACGUAUUGUUUUGGGUUAUAUAUUCUGAUUUUAAUUAUGCUGGAAAUGGAUCCGAAACAGACGCUGACUAAAUGAGCUUAGAUGUGAAACACGUCUAUUGACAAGUGCCACAGCAGCUUUGCAUCAGUGGGCCAAAUCAUUUCUAGUUUUCAUGUUAACGCCCUGAUGUGUAAGUAAUAAGCAAAGCUUUAUCAUUAUCACCAGCAAGCGUUCCUUUCUUUUAUUGGUUUUAAUUGACCCGCAAUGAUUGAGGAAGAGGAGGCAGGCUCAUCUACGAUUUAAAAUGCAGCGCUGAACCUAGUUGUCCAUGAUCACAUACUGAUUGGCCAACCUUGGCCCCAUUCACCUACUCACACAGAAGUGUCUCUGUCAAAUUUGAGUAGAGAUGAUCAAUAGUCUUGACACAAGUGUCUUUCAGCAAAGCUCCAUUGUUGCUACCCUACCAAGGAUGGUGACGACAGAUUGACCAAUACUGGGACUGACUAGACUACAGCCUGUAUAUUUUAAGAUUAUAUGUAUUAUCUGAGCAGAAAAUAGAUUCCUAUACAGAUAUGCUUUAUCCAUAGGGAUGGGGAAAGCACUUUUUUUCUCCUUCAUUUAUUUGAAAUCAUGUUGGCAAAAUGACAUAAAUAUAUUCUCAGCUUGGAGAUUCUGGUUCUGUUUUUUUAUAUUGCGAGAGGAGGCAGUUUGAAAGUAAUACCAGGGGAGUGUUUGAGGUAUGAAAAUAAUGUAUGAUUCGAAGAGAGGGGCAUUUUAAUAAUCGGAUAAAAGUUCCCCAAAUGCACUAGACAACACAUGAUACUUCAUACCGGCCAAACAUGUUGCCAACAAGUUAAGGAACAAAUUUCAACAGUUCAGAAACACUCCUUCAGUGAAUAACCAACCUUUGUAGAUGGAACAAUGAUGUCAUUGGAAAGUGUUCCUUUAUGGUGCCUAGGGUUUGUUUUUAAUUAGAAUUUUUUUUUUUUGCAAAUUUAUUUGUUUGUCCAAGUGUUUGUUUGUUUGUUUGUAAGGUUAUCAUUAACAAAGAUAAACAGAAUCUAUAAAAUAAGCUAGCUUGAAUAUUUUCCUUCAUACAGAAAAGUACAAAUGUUUACGAUAUCUAAUUAACCAAAUAGCAAGUAUGCGUUUGAGAGUCAAUCUGUCUGUCCCGAUAAGGGACUCCGAUAGAUUGAUUUGAUUUCUUUUUUUCCUUUGUCAUUUUAAACUUGAAAAUGUUAUGACUGCUUGUUCUUCUUGUUUUUGAUUAUUUUUGUACUUGUCAAACAGUGCUCCCUCUCUUCUGCUUAAAACAGAAUCGACAAAAUAAUUUUUUGAAUGGCCCCCGGGCAGAUUGGUCUGCAAUAGGCCCUCUUCCCUGAGUGGCUUAAAAUCCUUGAUCUCUGUUCCUUUACCUUCUGUACUGCCGACUACUUCAUCUUAGACUGAGCCUUGUGUAUCCACGGCUGAAUCUUAACUUUAGAUAAAAGCUUAACUUUGCGUUUUUUGAUGUCAAUGGGACAUUUUGAGUUGCUUUUGCAGAUCUCAGUUAGGAUUUGGCCGUAGAUUGCACCCUAGAUGAUUUGGGAGGCUUUAGUUUUCAGGCUUUUCAAGUUUGAAAGAGAGGGAGGUGCACACUACUUGGUGAAAAAUGUAUGUCUACAGUCUUGGGUUGAGUCAACUAUUAAAUUAAUUUGGAAAUGUGUGAAAGUGAAGAGGCAUGUAUUUCGAUUUUGCACUAAGUCAUUCUCGUCUCACUACACUCUAAGAUAAAGACGUUCCGUGACUUGCUCUCUGUCAUUCAAAACAUUUUUUAAUUUGUUCAGUCUUAUUUGUAAAAUGGGUUGACUCCAUUUUUAAAAGUAUGCUUUCAUUUACUUCUAAAAGUUGAUCUAAUCCAUGUAACCCUUCAAUCAGGGUUGGGUAGUAAUGGAUUACAUGUAACGGGCAUUGCGCAAUUAAAUUACAAAUAUAUGAAGUAGGCCUAACUGUAAUCAGCCCGGAUUACAUUUUUUUUUUAAUAACAAUAAUGUAAUCAGAUUAGUUACAUUAUUAAAAACAUCUGAUUUACAUUUGGGAUUACUUCAUCUAAUAUCAAGAGAAAGAAAAGGAUAAAGCUUUGUCAGCAUUGCUAUCAUUUAGCACACUCUCAAGACUUCUCCCAUGCUCUCAAAUAUGCUAAUGUUCUGCUGAUCGCCCAUCAAGGGUGGGUGGCUUCUUUUGUAUUCAAACGGGUUUAGUGACUAGGUAAGGCUUCCAAAAGAUUUUCCACCUAGCCUUCUGGUCAAUCAGACAGUCGUCUGGACUCAACAGUGUGCACUUUGGCUUUGUGUGCUCCUAGCAGGAGAGAGAAAUGCUAUCUGAUAGCUGUCUGGGCAAUAAACAAAAAACACAGUCUUGAAAGCAACCACUGUUGUUACUCUAGGCGAGAAGAGGGUCCCAGCUUUCUGUAGGUUUACUUUUAUUGAUCUACUCUUAAUAUUGAACAAAGGGCACUCAAGUUGGCAAUUCAAUUCCAAGGUGAUUGCGUAGGCUUACUCAUCAUUAUUAUUAUUAUUCAUUCAUUUACAGGGUAGCCUAGUGGUUAGAGCGUUGGACUAGUAACCGGAAAGUUGCGAGUUCAAACCCCCGAGCUGACAAGGUACAAAUCUGUCGUUCUGCCCCUGAACAGGCAGUUAACCCACUGUUCCUAGGCCGUCAUUGAAAAUAAGAAUUUGUUCUUAACUGACUUGCCUAGUUAAAUAAAGGUAAAAAUAAAAAAUGACACAGGUAUAAUUAGAAAGUAGAUUUAGCAACUAGCUAACCACGUCAUCGGGUGUUGAAUGAGCCCCAAAUGAUUUAGCCUAAAGUGCCCAAAAUGAUGUAUACAAAUGUAAUCUCUAUUGGGAAAAAAAUUAUGAAGAUUCGGGAACCCUAUUGUGACAGUAAACUAAUAACAAUUGCCUAAUUGUCAAACUCAAAAUUCAUCACAAUAACUGGUUUAGAUUGCACAUCAAAAUAUCUGGAAUCAUGCAUUCCUGCUUGGACAUGUUAGAUUAAACAAAUGUAUUUCUUGAAUCAUACUAAUACACCUCCUUUUUAAUUAAGCAUUUUGAAUGACUAAGUUAAUUAGGCUACACAUUCUCUCUAUUGCGUGACCAAAUCAUGGGUGGGUGCCCCAACUAAAACCAUUAGCAUGGAGCCUAUUGACUAUGCUCUAAUACAUUAGAAUAUAGAACUUGUGAAUUAUGGUCCCCAAUUUGGAAAUAGUCAUGUUGCUAAAUUAAUAAUAUAUGCUAUUUAGCAGACACUUUUAUCCAAGCGCCAUGCUCUACCAACUAGGUGCACUUUAAACAUAAAAAUUUAAAAAAACAUCUGGGUGUUAAAAUAUAGUUUUUAAACUAAGUCAUCUGAUUACUCAAAAUGAGUAAUGUAAUCUGAUUACUGAUCAUUUUUCAUGUAACUGUAAUCCAUAACUGAUUAAAUUUUAAGUUCUGGCCAACACUGCCUUCUAUGUAGAGUUCAUCCUAAGUGGCUGUGUAUGUGAUCAUGUGACUGUCAUUAGAAUGCAGGUCCGGUACAGUACAUUUUGACAAACCUUUCUUUGGAGAAAACAAAGUACAGUAUGAUAUGAUUCUUAUUGUUCUGAGAUGUGGUGUGAAGUUUUUCCCUUUUUCAAAACGCUGACUGGAAAUUAUUGGGACAGUCUGAUAAAGCUACUCUACACCAAAGUGCAAUUGAACUCAGAGGGAGCACUGUCUGUGAACCAGUGGGAGUCUACUGGUUGUGAUGUGCACAAUCCUUAUGUACGUAAAAUGAUUAUUCUCUCUUUCCCCAAUCUGUCUUAAUUCAGAUGCAACAUUUUAUUUCUUUUGUUUUCUGUGUACAGCUUGCUUUGGAGUUGUUUGUCUCAAACAGGUACUCUUACUUCUGUACUGUUAUUUCCUAAGGUUGAUGAAAUGAUUUUAAAAAAUCUAUAAAAGAUGUAAGAAA